AUGUGUGAAUGAAAUUGCAGACAUGUUGGAUGUGGUAUUUAUCUUGAUUGAGGUGAUAACGCCCCAAGUUCAACACAUCACUGAAUGAUUCAAUCUUAGCAUGGCGACGCAGACAGGCCUCACAGUCAACUAUUUGAAACUGCCACGUUUAAUUACUUUCCCAAUAAAAUACAACAAGAACGUUGAAUAAUGGAGUUUUGGUAUGGCAAUCAACCCUACUCUUUCUAGCCAUAGGAUCAGUGCAGGUGGCUAACCGGCACCUAACUACGCGUUUCUGUUGUACACUUCUCUUCUCUGCUCUACUUCAUGUUGCAUUCGCCUUCUGGAUAAGAUAAAAGCUUCAACAUAUAUAUAGUAAGCAUAUGAAUGAGAAGAUGAAUUGAGAAGAUAUUAAUCAUUGAAGCAUGUGCUGCUGCUCUGAAGACUGUAAAUGCAGGCCACUUGGGUUUCUGUUGGGCCUGCCUUUUGCCUUCUUGUCUCUUUUGAUCUCCCUUGUGGGUGUGAUUGUUUGGAUUGUUGGGUUGAUUUUGACGUGCAUAUGUCCUUGUUGUCUUUGCGUGACCAUCAUAGUAGAGUUUGCUCUGGCGCUCAUCAAGGCUCCUAUUGUGGUGAUGGAGUGGUUCAUCUCCAAGAUUCCAUGUUAAAAUAAUCUUUUUAUUUUCAUCUUAAAAUAAUGGUUUGGUAGAUUGUCUUUUCAUUAAUUAUGUCCAUAUAUGUAUGUGAUCAUAAUUUUCUGAUUGAUUAUGUCAUUACAACAACCCCUUCUAUGCUUUGUUCAACCU